CCAGUCAAUAAGAGGCGGUCAAAGGAAAAACCAACGUGAAAUGAUAUAUUAUUAAAAAAGAAAAAGAAGGAGUCGUCACUUGGUAUAAAUCCAGAUAAAGGAAGGAAACAUUAAUCGCUCGCUCGCUCCACUUUCUCCAUUGCUGCACCUCGCGAUUGGACAAGAGGUUUUCAAUUGUUUUGUUCCUGUACGUAGUUGCUGCAUCGUAUAUCCAAAUACUCAAGGAAGCUCAAAGGUUUAGGAGUUUGAGAGACCCAUGAGACUAGCUUCUUGUCUAGUUACUCUAGAAUGCUUGAUAUAGAUAUUCUUACUGGACUUUCUUUUAGCAUGACAUGAUGUUGCUGUUUUGGAUUAACUAAGUAAAUCUUAAAUUUUUCAAAUUACUAAGAGCUUGAUGCAACCUCAAAAUGAACAGACUGGCCAGCGUUAGCCUGCAAGCGCCCUUUGUUUCACGCAUUGUAGCCAUUAUUAUAAUUGAUUAAAAGAGCGGAAGUUGAGGAGUAAGAUAGAGAGAUGGCCAGGAAUGAUAUCAGGCAAGUUAGGACAAGUGGGAGCAAAAGGAAUGAAUCAGCACUGGCUCGAGUAAUGAAUGAGGUCUUUGCCUUUGUACGCUUCGCCGAAUUUGAGAUCUUCUUCAUUCUGUUCUUUCUCAUUGCUUUUUUCUUCUUCAAGAAUCUCACGUCCAGGCCUGAGUACAAUCAAAUCCUUGUAAAGAAGCCUGGUGGUGCUGACUUUCUGCCUUACUAGGAAGGCAUUGGAAGAGUGGCUUAUUGUAGCCACCCCACCCCCUCUUGAUUUGCCGAGGGUUUUGUUGUUCUGUUAUAGAUUCUGCGCUGGUGCUACCAUAUGUUGUGUUGUAUGAUAAUUUCUGUAACAUUUCUAUUCAAGAAAAAUACUGUUCACUUAUUCAAAUUGGAUGUUUUAUAAGGAAGGAAAUUGUUUGAGCUUUGACACAAA